AUGAAUGUUCGUUUAGCGGAAGAAUUAUUCUCUAAACCAUUAAGAGUUGCUAUGAUGACUUGGCAAAACGAUUGCACCGAACUGAAAGAUAGUGGACCCACUAUCAAAUUUAUGGAAAGAGUAGAUAAUUUGAUAAAGGCGAUGAGUUCUCGCACUCCUGAAUCUGCUUUACGUUCUAAUGACGAAUGUCCAAUGAGACAGGUAUUGUAUUAUUUUCAAUAA